CAGAAAAAAAACCACGAACCGCCAGCCAGUUAUUAUUUUUACAAUUAGAUGGCUCUUAGAUGCAAUUGUAAUCGAUGACAGAAAUUCCAACCUCAACGCAGUGUUUUUCAAGUGUGAAUAAAUCCGAUUGCAGUGCGGAGCAAAAAUCUUACGUCGAGUCUUCGCUGCGUCAAAGUGCCGCUGGUCGUGCAUAAUUUCACGGAAACUCUCGUCAUUCUCUAACGACAUACGCUUUCUCUUAUAGACUUUUUCAAAAUGGCAGCGGCUACGGACGAGCUGAUUUUGCUCGAGCGAGUGUUCCUUCGCUUGGGCACAGCAGAAACAGAUGAACAGUUGCAGGCGUCAGUCUGUAAAUUCUUGCCUCCCGUAUUGCUCAAGUUGUCUAGCGGGCAGGAAGGUGUUAGGAAAAAGGUGAUGGAACUGCUGGUCCAUAUAAACAAGCGAAUAAAGAGCAGGCCACAGGUGCAGCUGCCUGUUGAGGCCUUGCUCCUGCAAUAUCAGGAUCCAGCUGCUAGCUCAUUUGUCAUUAAUUUCACCAUAAUAUACAUAAAGUUAGGAUAUCCUCGAAUGGAGAUGAAUAAGCAAGCAGAAUUAAUUCCAAGUAUAUUAAAUGCUAUUGAAGGAAAACCAUUGUCCCAUCAAGAUAGCUUGUUAUUGAUCAUAAUGCCAGCGUUGGGACAUAUCAAUAUACCAGCAGAUCCUGACAAACGAGCGUCUCUUUUAGGUUUGCAAGAUAAGCCUUAUGUGGCGAAGCAGCUCAUUAAUUUCAUGCUUGAUAUAUUGCUUUUGCCAUAUGGAUCUGUGGGACAAGCAGAAAAUCAACAGUCUGGUCAGUCUAUCGACUGGUCUCAAUUCACUGUGCCGCCGGGCUUGAGCGAUUACUCGUUCAAAAGAGUGAUAGGCGAAAACCCGCCAACGGCCGAACAGCUCGAGCAGAUAAAACUGGGCAUUGUUAAGUUCCUCGCCGGUGGAUUUUUCCCUGAUACAGAUAUUCUGAUUCACUUGAUUGUGGCGGCUGCUGAUACCAGAUUCAGCAUUGCCAAUAUGGCAGAUUUAGAAUUGAAAAAGAUAGCUGGCACGUUGGAUUGGUCUUCGAUGCAGUUAGCUGCGCCGCUCUACACGCUAUUCUUGGGCACGGACGCGUUAGCUACGCAAAAAGAAAUAAAGCCUGAAAUGAAACGACAUCCCGCGAGCACUCGAAUUCGUCUCAAGCUCCUGCAGUAUCUCUGUCGUGUAACUAAAGCCGGUUUUAUCAUACCGCCCUGUAUACAGGUUGUUUUUGAUUCACUCUAUGGAAAGAACACGAAUGCAAAGUUGAAAUCGUUGGCCCUACAGUUUACAUCAAAUAUUGUCCAACACUGCAGUCUUGUACCGUUAGCUCGCGUUGCCGGAGUAAUUCUGAACGGUAUGAUAAAACUGAUCUCCGAGGGCGAUGAUGUGCAUAAACCGAUGGCGUACACAGUCAUCGGGCAGCUCGGUCAGAGAAUACCGUCGUUGAUAAACAAGGACUUGAGUCUAUUGCACAAUUUAUUCGACACACUUGUAUCUACGGACGGCGAGUUACGGCGGACAGUAAGGGACGCGUUGAUUUGCGUAACAUCCGCAUUCGUGCUGAACAAGGAGGACGAGAGCAACAUAACUCUGAUGAACGCCUUACUGUCGGUGCACAUCGAAUCACCAGAGUCAAGCGUGAGAUUUGUCGCGAUGCAUUAUGCCGCAACCGUGUUUCCACCUGACGAUGCUCCAUCACGGUAUCUCUUGUUAUUAGCGUGCGGCGACAACAAACACGAGAUAAGCACGGAAGCUAUGAAAGCGCUGUACGGCGUUGUGCAUAAGAACGAAGAAAGUCAACAGAUUGACAAAAAGAUACCGUUGCCCGAGUUUGUGAAGCUAGUAAGUUACAUCCACUCGAAGAUGCAGUCGAGAAUGCCUGCCGCGACCGGCGGCAGAAACACGGACAAGAAAGUACUCCCAUAUAAUACCACUACGUUCUCCGAAAUUAUCACUUAUUUCCGCGUUUGCCUCGCUAGAAGUGCUAAUAUUCCCGCGCGAAACGAACCAUUGCAACAUCCUUCCGAAUAUACUCCCUUGAUUGGACGUUAUUUGGAGAAAUUGUACAAAGACCAACCGGAAGUAUUAACUAAUUAUCUCGACAUGAUUUUGCUCUCAAGUCAUUCUUCCGCAGAUCAAAUUUCUUUAAACGCAUUAUUGGAAGUACUUGGCUCCGUUCCGUAUCAUAUAAUAAAAGCAUAUGAGAAAGAAUUGCCGUGGCUCUGUUCCCUGCUCACUUCCACCAAGCAAGAUGUACGACAGUUAGCUGCAAAAGUAUACGGUGCUAUCACUGGUCAUUUUCCAAAAAAUGAAUUUGAGAAGCACGUUUCGAAUAUCAUGGACAUUAUGAAUAAAAAAAGUUUGGAGGCGCAGCAUGGCGUACUGAUGGCGCUGACUUAUAUGACGGAAAGAAAUUUAAUGCUACAACGGAAGGAGAACAAGGAGGCAUUGUGCAAUUGGGCGACUUAUAACGACAUUGUGAAAACAAUUUGUACAUAUCUUCACGAUAAGACAAUACUAUUAAUGGACGCCGCUAUCCAGGCCAUUGGUGUUUUGGGAAAGACAUAUUCUCUACCUCUGCCCGCCGAAGGCGACGAUGAAUUGAACAAAAAAGCGGUGAUGGAAACUCUCUUCUCCGUAUUAUCUAAUGCCAAAUUGACCACUAAGAUGAAAGAAAAGGCUGCACUUUCCUUAGGAUACUUAUGCGUCGGCGAGAGUUUUCCACAUACCGCAGAUGUCGCUGACAAAAUUAUAGCAACAGUCAAAGAGACAAAAGAUAUCGAGAUCCAUUUAACUUUGGGAGAAGCUUUGGUUUGUUGCGUCCAGGGACAGGCUUCGCCGGAAUCGCGAAAUGCCUGGAUAACUUUGCCCGCCGAACACGUUGUUCCGUACAGUAAGGAGAGUGACGAAUUAUUGAUACAUGUGUUAGGCGAAUUAUUUAACGUACAUAAAGUGCCUCAUCCAAACUUGCGACAGGCAGUGUGUGUGUGGUUAUUCGCGCUUCUCAAACACAACGUUCAACGCGAAUGCCUCAAGGAAAGGUUGUCCACGAUUCAUCAUGUUUUCAUAGAUUUUCUCUCAGAUGACAGCGAUAUAGUGCAAGAUAUUGCUUCAAAGGGCCUUAGUUUAGCGCAUAUUAAUAGCAAGCAGGAAGAACGCGAUGCUUUAGUGUCCAGUAUAUUAGAUCAGUUUACGCAAGGUCGUAGAGCAGUGCAACAAGUCACCGCUGAUACUAAAUUAUUCGAGGAAGGCCAAUUGGGAAAAAGCCCAUCUGGCGGUAAUUUAUCAACGUAUCGGGAGAUCUGUUCUCUCGCGACAGAACUGCAGAAGCCCGAGCUCGUGUAUUACUUCAUGCAUUUGGCAAAUCACAAUGCGAUAUGGACAUCGAAAAAGGGAGCGGCGUUUGGCUUCGCGGCAAUCGCCAGUAUCGCGAGGGAUGAACUGAAUAAAUAUCUACCUAAUAUAAUACCACGGUUGUACAGAUAUCAAUUCGAUCCGACGCCGAAGAUCCAGCAGAGUAUGACUAGUAUUUGGCGGGCCGUUGUUCCUUCCACGACGAAAGCCAUCGAACAGUAUCAUAGAGAAAUAUUGACUGAUGUAACUGAUAAUCUAACGAAUAACGAGUGGAGGGUGCGUAUCAGUUGUUGUAAUGCUCUCGCAGAUCUUUUAAGGACAAAUGUUCAGUUCAACUUCGCCGAAUGCGGCCCGGAACUGUGGAAGAAAUUGUUUCGCGUAAUGGACGAUAUUCACGAAGGCACGCGGUUAGCCGCGACGAGCACCGCCAAAAUACUUAGCAAGGUUUGCAUACGUCAUUGCGACUCUUCGCACGGCGAUGCGGGAAAGCAAGUUAUCCAAGCGAUAUUGCCGGUGUUACUCGACAUUGGUAUUAUUCACACCGUGGAUACGGUGAGAGCUAUUUCAUUGCAAACAGUGUCUCAACUGGUAUCCACGGCCGGCGUUCUGUUGAAGCCGUCUAUCGUCAAUCUGAUACCAUCAUUAUUGGAGACGAUCGGUGAAUCAGAGAAUCCUAAGCUCUCGUAUUUGAGUAAUGUGUGCGGCGCGACCACGGAAACGCAGGAAGCUAUUGAUAAUCUUAGAGCUAGCGUUGCCAAAGGUCAUCAUGCGUCAGACACAAUAACAAAGUGCAUCCAAUAUAUCGAUGCGGAUGUAUUGAAGGAUUUAAUGCCAAAAGUAAUAGAUUUAAUCAAAUCCAGUAUAGGAUUUGGAACAAAAAUCGCUUGUUCGCAUUUCAUAAUUCUUCUCAGCACUCAUCUGAAAGCAGAAUUGCAGCCAUAUAGCGCUAAGAUUCUAUCUGCCUUACUCAACGGUUUGUUGGAUCGUAACGCUGCUGUGAGAAAAAAUAAUGCAGUUAGCAUUGGACAUAUAGUUGGCUCGGCUAAAGAUUCUAGUCUCGACAAACUAUUUAAUAGCUUAAACACAUGGUAUUUGGAACGCGAAGAUGAUGCAAUAAGAUUAGCGAUUGGACAAGUUUUGCAGUCUAUAAACAAUUACAAUCAGGAGAAAUUGAAGAAGUAUCAAAAGAUAGUCGUUCCUCUUACCUUUUUUGCUAUGCACGCAGAAAAAGUUUCAGGAAAUGAAAGCACUGUUGAAUUGUGGACCGAUCUUUGGAACGAGAUAAUGCCUGUAACCGAAGCAGGAAUUGUGCAACACGAGCGAGCAAUAAUUGAUAUUCUGCAUAAAGCCUUGGAGUCGGCGUCAUGGACUACGAAAAUGCAAGCUGCGAAUGCAGUACAUACUAUUGCCUUAAAAUCGAGUCGUUAUAUGGAUCCAGAAGUCAGGAAUACUUUAUUGAAAGUCUUAACGGAUAAUUUGCGUGGCAGAACGUGGGAAGGAAAGGAACGUUUGUUGAACGCUCUCGCUACGCUAGCGUGCAAUAGCAAAGUAGCUUUAGAUGCGGAUGCUGUGUUGUUAGAUAGCAUUAUGGUAACGUUACAUAGAGAAAGUAAGAAGGAGAACGUCGAGUAUCGACGAAAUGCAUUAAAAGCGUAUGCUAUGGUCUUGCACGAACUCGAUGUCGAUAGGUUUACUGAAAUAUAUGAAAUUGUACAGGAAAUCUUGGUCAAAGUGUCUGAUAAAAAUAAUGACAAUGAAGAAGAUACUGCGGAAGAAAGCAGGAAGAAGAAAGAAAAUAAUAUAAAGUUGCAGGAAACAGUUUACGAAGUGCUCGGAAAAGCAUGGCCCUCCACCAAAGAGACCCAAGAGAAAUAUUGCAUAGAAUUCGUAACUCACUGUCAAAAAGUGCUGCCAAACAGUACGAGGUCUGUGCAAAUUGCUAUUUUGACAGCGUUAAAUCUCUUUGUGGAUAGACUUGUCGUGCUAAAAAUAAACAAAACAGAAAUGUCAGUAAAAGAUAAAAAACUGUUAGACGAAAUCAGUGAUAACCUCAAUAAAAUAUUAUUAUAUUGUAUAAAUAUUUCGAAGUUCACGAGAAUUAGAAAAGAAGCAUUGAAUAUAGUCCUUUCACUAGCGAGGAAAAUGCGCGAGACGAAUAACGACGAACAACUUGAUAAGAUAACGCGCGUUUUAAAAGAACUUUUGCCCGAUUUAGUGAAGGAUAACCAGCCAGAAAUACGGACCAGAGUUGUUGACAUUAAGGAAAUGCUUAAAAUUUAACUAGCCGUAUUAUGUACAUGCAUGGUAUCUCUAGUGAUGGGAUUCAAAUCGUCUCAAGACAUCUGGAAUUAAAAACUGAAAAUCGAGAAGUCUCAAAACAUCUUGCAAGACUGUUAUGAUUGAAAGUCUUGAAAAUCUUGAAAAAUCUUGAACGUAUAUAAAUACAUGUAUGUAUGUACAUGCGUAGUGUGUACGUAUUAUAUAAUUCAAAAUAUUUAACACAUUCAGACUUUCAAGACUUUCAAUCGUAACAGCCUUACAAGAUAUUUGGAGAUUUUUGAUUUUCGCUCAUUCUUAACUUGCUCAAAAAUUUGCAAAUAAGAAUCUUAAAAUCUCAUCACUAGGUAUGCCGAAUUGAAUUUGUGUAUUCUUCGUACUCAUUUGAGUAUGUUGCGAACUGUCGUUAGCAUUGCUAAUCUCGAAAAUAAUGAUAAAAGAUUCUGAUAGCUCCGGUUGCGUGCUUAUUUAAUAAUAUGUUAAUGUAGAUGUGUGCCUAAUAUAGUCCAUCGCUUAAUAAGAUAUAAUUUAGAAUAUAAUUUGUUUAUAAAAUUCUUUAUUAUAUCCUUAUAUUAUACCCCACUAAUGGGGCGAGGAAGUAAAAAAAAUGAUAAUCCAA